CGCCCGCGCGCUAAGAUGGCGGCGCUGUGCGAGGCGUUCACGCUGUGCGGGCUGGGGCCCAGCGGCGCCGUGGGGCUGGGCGCGGGCGUCCUGGCGCUCGAGCCGGGCCCCGACUCCGACCACGUCCUGCUCACCGACCGCGGCAGGACGGCCACGCUCUUCAAGGUUUCAGACCAGAAGCCGCUAGGUUGUUGGUCAGUUAAACAUGGACAGAUGAUAACGUGUCCAGUUGUGUGCAACUUUGAAACUCAUGAAUAUAUUGCUGUUCAUGACGACAAGGUUUUAAGAAUAUGGAAGGAUGAAGAUGUUAACUUAGACAAAGUAUUUAAAGCAACACUUUCAGCAGAUGUAUACAGGAUACAUUCUCUACCCCAUGGGGAGCCAUUGGUACUAUUCAAAGGAGGUGGUGUUCGAACCUUAGAUGUCCUUUUGGAAGCUCCACAACAAGAAAUUGAAAACUUUAUCUCAGAUGAAGUGAUUAAGUGGAGUGAAGCUUUUCUGGAAGGUCAAGAACCCAUCUUAAUUUUUGCUACUGAGAAAGAUGGGGAUUAUUUUAUCUACCUACAAAAAUUUAAGCUGAAUAUUCUACAGAAAUAUAAGCUUGAACAACAGGAAUCAUCUAAUCCACUGAGUUUUACAGCAUAUAUAAAAAAUCAGAUCAUCACACUUCUAUGUUUGUAUUCCAAUGACUCAAUCUAUAAGGUUCUGAUACCUCUGCAGCAGCACAGUGAAGAGGAAGAGCAAAUAUUGUCCAAGUCACUGCUGCUCAAACUUUCAGUAUCUGGAAGUGUUUUAAAGGGAACUUCCUUUGUUGUUCUUGAUAAAGACCAUGUUGCAGUAUUAGGAAGCCUAGCAGCAUUUGGUGAAGAAUCUAAAGAGUGCCUAACAAUAUGGAAUACUAAAUUUCAAACAUUACAGACUUCAAAAGAACUGCCCCUGGGAACCAGUGGACAAUUGUGGUGUUAUGGGGAAAAAUUUUUUUUUACUCAUGGAAAAGUGCUAACGGUGAAUUUAUACAAGUGUGAAACUUCAUCCUUGGCAGCUGCUGUGGGAAAGCUCAAAGACAGUCAAACCUCUGAUGCGUCGUUUUUAAACUGGAAUACCCUUAAUGAUGAAGAGCUGGUGGUUUCCCUUCAGUCACAGCAAUCUGUAACUCUAAAAUCUGAAUCUAAAAUGACUCUAAGAUCAAGGAGGAGUAGUGUUGCUAAGGCCCCAUCAGACACAUUAACAGUUGGGCAGCUGCUGUUAGAUAUAAAAGAUUCUUCUUCAGCUGCAGUUGAAGAGGAAUUGAAACAAUUGCUGUCAAAAGCACAGAUGCCAGAUGUCCAAGCUACCAUUGGAUGUGUAAUACCUGCUCUUAUAAACAGAUGUAAAACAGAUCCAAUGUUCUACCCUCAAAACUUCCUGAUACAGUUGGUACAAAAAGGAGAGCUCUCUUACAGCUUAUGCCCAGACUUAAUGGCUGUUGCUUUGGAGAAAAAAGAUAUGCAUCUCUUACAAAUCUGCCUACAACGGUUCCCAGAUAUUCCUGAAGAAAUUACUUAUGCUUGCUUGAAAUUAUUUUUAAGCAUUAGUGAUGACUAUCUUGAAAGGACAGAUGUGAAUAUGGACUCUGUAAUCUGUUAUAUUGAUAUUGAAUCCAACAAUAAAGAAGUUAAGACUGAAAUAGUAGAGAAUGGUUUCAAUACUGAACUGGAAGAGGACAGCUGUGACACUACAUUCACAAAGGAAACCCUUUUGAAGAAUGAUGUUGAAUUCUGCCCUGUUGGACCACAAAGGGCUGCAUUAUUAAAUGCUGUCCUGCAUUCAGCUUACAGCGAAACAUUUCUUCUGCCUCAUCUGAAAGACCUUCCAGCUCAGCAAGCUGUGCUUUUUCUUAGGUAUUUACAUUACCUGUAUGUGAAAAGCAGUGAAAAAAUUAAUACCACUCUUCCUGGUGUGCUUUCUCCAACUAUAAAUCAGAUUAUGGAUUGGAUGUGCCUGUUACUUGAUGCUCACUUUACAGUGAUGGUGAUGCUACCAGAAGCAAAAGGACUUCUUUCCAACCUGCAUAAGUUUGUGAGAGCCCAAGUACGAUUCUACUCUGAACUCAAUAAAAUUGAAGGAAGUUUGCAAGAGUUACAAAGACUUAAACGCCAGAAAGACUCUCAGGCAUAUUCUAUUGAAGUGCUGGAACUUGUUUGAAUUUGAAAUGAAUUACUAACAUUGUACUGAUUCCUUUUAUGACGAGGAUGUAUUGGCACUCCAUAUUGGGGAUGUGAAAAUUUGGAUUUUCUACAUAGGGAGAGCAUGGUUACUCUGUAGCUACAGGGGAAGUUAAAAGUUUAAUGAAUUAAAAGCUCUUUUUCCACGGGAUGAGAUGCUGGACACCUUGCAUUUUUUUUAUGUAUAAUUUUGAUAUAUAAUCAUAGGAAUAUCCCAAAAUGCCACAUGAUCCUUAGUGAAUGGAUUAUGUAAGGGUAGAAUAAUUGCAAUAAGACUUAAACAGAUGCUUCUUCAAAUGAAUUGGCCGUUUUAUUCUGUUGAGCUGUAUAAAGCUACUACAUUAGUUUCUCUUGCACUUCUCUAAUUCUGGACUUGCAAUACAGUAGCAGUUGGAUCUGUUAAGCCCAGCUGCAAGUUCAUGUUUUGUAAAUGUUCAUCUCUUCAGUGGAAGGCAAAUCUUUUCCAAAAGGCAGUGUAGACAGAAGAGAUACUAAAAUGUUAGAUGUAGAGAGAAGCUCUUUUCAUCAGUAAAUGGAAAACAGCUUAUCCUUUUAUAAGUGAGAGCUUUUUUCAUUUAAUAUUUAUUAAAAGUCUGAAUCAAUAAGGUUUUACCAAUUCCAUUCAGAUAAGGAAAGAGGAAAGACACAUACAAAGAGGUUAUUUAACUAUGGCAUAUCUAUGACAUUGAGUUUAGAUCAUUAAAUUACUGCAACUUGCUGCUUUUAAGUUACUGGUUAGUUGAGAUACCUGACUAUUACUAGAUUCUUCAGAGUGCUCUUCACCUAUAGUUCAUAAUCUGAGUGGAGAACACAUUUCAGUUUGUUGCUUUGGUUUCCUAUUUUUAAAUUGUUUCACUUGGUCCAAAAAAGCCUUUGGCAUCUGCAGUCUUAGCUUAUACGGAGAAGUCUUGUUACCUCAUUUGCACUGUUUUCUCUCUUCUGUAGACGUUAUGGUACAAGAACUUGUUUACCAUUUUGUGCCUUUUAUUUUUCUAGUCCGACCUUGCUGUAUUGUGUUGUUCUGAAGCAGAGGAGUUGGUGCAGGGGGUGUGUGGUAGCGAGCAGUUAAAAGCUCUGUACUGUGAUAAUCUAAAGUUGUUUUGAUGAGUGUUGUAUCUGAUAAGACCACCUGCAUCUAGAAGUUGCCUACAGCUAUAGAGAAGGAAGAGGUAUAGGGCAGGAACUAGAUUCUUUCCUCAAAUGAAGAAGCAAAGUGCAGUUAUUUAAUAUGAUAGCUUGUUACAAUCUUUAUUGCUAUCUCAGACAUUGCCGUCAGCUGAAAAAAGAAAGACUGUUUUCUUAAGCAAAAAUAGGCCUUUUCAGGAGCAUGUACCCCUGCACAGACUUGCAGAACAGAGUUGCUGGAUUACAGUGUAAUUAGCUGUAUUUAAGGCUUUCACUUUAGAAACUUCUGAAGCUUUCUGAUGUUGAAAGAUUGCAUACAAGAGUUUAGGUUUUUAAAUACAAAUUCUUACCCAUGUUCAAUUAUUUGAAGUUUAGAAAUAACCAUUAGGUAAAACUUAAUGCAAUGGACUUUGGAGUCAGUUUGACAUGUCUUUAAGCUGACCAUGCUGCUGGAAAAAGCAAUUACCAUUUUUGCUUCUUGAGUGGUGCUGGCAGAAUACCUGGCCUGUUCAGCUAGAACAGAGAAUGACCUAGCUGGAAAUAGCUGCUUUUAUCUGUGAUUUUUUUUCAAUGGGCAUGCUGACUUGUGUGCAUGUAACAGGACACUGAGGAGACAUCCAGUUUGAUUUGCAGCAGAAUGCUGGAAAUCAUUGUUUGAAUAAAUGUACUCUCAGCCUUUGUAAGGUUAAGCUUGCCUGAGAGUGAACAAUAGUGUUUUCUUGGCAUUUUCAUCCCUUCUUUAGCAAGAGCUAGAACAUAAAACUAUUAUGGUUGAGGUACUGGGUGCAUAACUUGCUGGACUUUGUAUAAUUUUGAAAUAAUUGCACACAGUUAAGGGCCUUAGGACUGUUUGGAAAUUAACACUUUCCUCUUGUAUACAGUAUUUAUCAAAGGUCAGUACUGAAGAUUAUAUAUAAAUCAAAAAUCUUGCAAUGAUCAGCUGAAGAAUACAUAAUUAUGUAGAGCAGUACUUCUUAAUACAGGCUGUAGUAGCUCAGAUUUUCUGAGCAAGAGGGCUUACCUCCAAGCUAAAAUAAUAUUCUUAUCUACAUGGAUGUCUGUUUUCUCUAAGUACUCUUUAAAAGGGUGAAUGCCUUAAUUUCUGUAAAGUGAUGUUAACCUUUUUCAUACUGCUUGUUUUAUAUAGUUUGAGUUUCGUGCAUAUGGGGAACGUAAACAUUCCAAAAUCUUAUGUUGGUUUUAUAUCUGGAUUUUCCUUUUGACUAAUCUCAAGAAUAAUUUUUAUGAACAAAAUGUUUGACAGUAUUACAAAUAUCUACGGAA